AUGUUGCACACAGAAGGCAGUGGCAUCGUGAACGAGGCCGGAGAAGUAGUCAUCCUGAGGGCUGCAGCUAUCGGCGGUUUUCUCAACAUGGAAAACUUUAUUACAGGCUACGCAGGUCAUGAGCAUGAGCAUCGAGCGCAAAUGGCAGCCGUAUUGGGCGAGAAGAAAGCCAAGUUCCUCUUCGACCGGCUGCUGCAUCACUUCUUCACCAAUGAGGACGCAGCCAUGUUUGCAGGACUGGGUCUGAACUGCAUCCGUAUUCCAUUCAACUACCGCCAAUUCUUUGAUGACAUGGAUCCCGACACCUUCAAGCCCGAGGGCUUUGCGUGGCUAGAUCGGUGCGUUGAUAUCUGUGCUCGACACAACAUCUACGCUAUUCUCGAGCUCCACGCUUUACUAGGCGGCCAGAAUCAAGACUGGCAUUGCGACUCUGGAACUACACGCGCCGCUUUCUGGGACUUCAAGGACCACCAGGACCGCAUUAUUCGCUUUUGGCAGGUUCUGGCCGGCCGCUACGCCCGCAAUCCUGUUGUCGCUGGCCACAAUCCACUCAAUGAGCCUGCUGACCCAACACUCAACUCUGCCGGUCGUCCUGGUGCGCGCUUGCUAGCCUGGUAUGCCCGUGCUGAGAAGGCCAUCCGCUCUGUCGACCCGAUCAUAUGCUCUUCCUUGACGGUAAUACUGCCCAAUACCGUUUAUGCAAUCCAUGAUUAUUCCAAGUUUGGCUUUCCUGGAGAGGAGCAGUACACAGGCACGGAUACGCAAAAGAUCCGACUACGUGCUAGCUUCGACCGCAAGGUCAAGUUCAUGCGUUCGGCCGGUGUGCCUGUAUGGAACGGGGAGUUUGGUCCCGUAAAUGACGGCGUCGAGGCCACAAAAGUAAACAAUGCAGGGCGCAUUGCCCUCCUGGAGCAGCAGCUGUCAAUUUACCGGGAAACAGGAGUGAGCUGGUCUAUCUGGCUGUACAAGGAUAUAGGAUACCAAGGCAUGGCCUACGUUGACCCAAAUUCAGCGUAUUUGCGGCUGAUCUGGCCCUUCCUUGAUAAGAAGCAGCGACUGGGUCUGGACUGCUGGACGAUUGUUUCUCGUGAAGCUGUGCAGUCGGUCUACCAGCCUUUCCUGGCCUCUAUCCGUGAUAUGGUAGAUCCUUGCUUCCGGACCGGUCGCUACCCAUACCAGUGGACUCUGGAGCGCCAGUUUGAGCGUGUUAUCCGUGAGGCUUUACUGAGUGAGUAUGUUGGAUGGGAGCUUGCGGAGUUGUUCCGUGAUAAAACUGAGGAUGAACUGGAGGAACUUGCUGCCUCCUUUGCACUUAAGAACUGUCGCACUCGUGAUGAUCUAAAUGAGACUCUGCGGAGGGAUGGUGCGGCUACAAUCAAGCUGUCGAAAUAG